AUGGCAGCAGCUACAUUUCCUCUCUUCCCAAACCUUCCUGCAGAACUCCGCAACCAGAUAUGGCAAGAUGCCCUGCCUGAUGAAAUUGGACAGGCGCUAUACUACUAUAAAACGGGGUGUUGGUGCCCUCGACGUCUAACAGAAGCUGACGAGGAAUUUGAUCCAGAGAACGAUGAGCUGAAUUUGGCUUUCGAGUUUCGUCACGAGCGACUGGGCGAUGUUGAGAUUGAAGUUCCGCUCUUCUUUGUCAACCGCGAGGCUCGUGGGUUGGCAUUGGCCUGGAUUCAGGAACAAGGUCUUAGAAUGCACCUUGAUAAAGAAACACAGUCGAUUCGAUUUUGGCGCCAGUUUGACCCAAGGCAGGAUACGCUCUAUGUCCCACGUGAUAAAUAUAUCCCAUUUCUAAUAGAGCCUAUCGAUCGAAUGGAGGAGCCUGAUCUUUUGGGCAAAAAUGUCAAAAAUCCCGGUCCGUACUUUACGCGCAUUGCUGUACCCGAGGCGUUGCUUCAGGAUGUGCAAGCCCAACUAGCUGAAAUUUUGGAUCCUGAUUACUGGACUCUCGAAACGGUGUUUGUUGUCGUCAAUGAUCAGCCUGGUUUACAGACUGAUGAUAACACAAAGGUCCAGCGGCGGUGGGAAAUUGAGAGCACAAAGGGAGGGGCAUUAUUCUGGAAUCACACCCGUGGUGCCUUUGACUGGGGGAAUAGCGAGCAUGCCGUCGACGAAGCCCGAUUAAAAUUGAUAGAGAGGGCCAGCAAUAGGCUAGGUGAAACUCUUGCAACCUACAACCACGGCAUGGAAGUCCGGUUUGUCUCUGUUACGAGGAAAUGA